GGAGAAACAAACGCAGUCAGUAAGCCUAUAAAAGCCUUAGCCAAUUGCAAUGGCGAACAUCCUGCUGGCAAGGGUGACCUUGAAUGAACUAAGUGGGAUAAAGUCACCAGCCUGGACUGACGGCUGAAGAAUCAGGCUGGAUUCCAGCAAACCAAGAGAGCAGGUUCCUGGCAAGAGUCUCCUGAGCUGUGGCAAUGGCUUCUCGAUGUCGGAAAUGUGGACAACAGGUGCCCAGGAAUCCACCUUUCACUGCCGUCCGGAUAACAGAAGGAGAAAUGAAAUCUUAUCAUGAUUUUAUAGGAGGAUGCAUUAGACUGGAACGCAUGACAAAGAAAGAUGAAAUCAUGCAGCAGGAGAUACGGCCGCUGGUUGCAGUGGAUAUAAUAGAGCAGCUCCACAGGCAAUUUGCUAUCUUGUCAGGAGGAAGAGGGAAGGAUGGAGCACCCAUUAUAACCUUUCCAGAAUUUGCAGGAUUCAGCGACAUACCUGAUGAAGAUUUUCUGAAUGUGGUCACAUAUCUAACCAGCAUUCCCAGUCUGGAAGCUGCCAGCAUCGGAUUCAUCAUCAUCAUAGACAGACGACGGGACAAAUGGAGUGCAGUCAAGGCAUCCCUGACACGAAUAGCAGGAGCAUUUCCAGGAAACCUGCAGCUGGUGUUUGUCCUACGACCCUCACGCUUUAUCCAAAGGACAAUCGCUGACAUUGGCAUUAAACUCUAUCGAGAUGACUUUAAAAUGAAGGUACCGAUCAUCAUGUUAAAUUCUGUGUCUGAUCUGCAUGGCUAUAUUGACAAAAGUCAGCUGACACGGGAGCUGGGAGGAACCCUGGAGUAUGGCCACAGUCAGUGGAUACAUCACCGAACCGCUAUUGAAAACUUUGCAAUGACAGUAAAAACAACAGCACAGAUGCUACAGACCUUUGGAACAGACCUAGCAGAGACUGAACUUCCCAACGAUGUGCAGUGCACAGAAGAGCUCCUCUGCACACACACUGAUCACCAUAGCAAGCUGAAGGAUGAGCUGAAACUAGCUGUGAAGCAGGGGGCCACCCUACUGACAUGCAUUAGGGAGCCAGUCACCCGAAGUGCCAACAGCAAACUCAGUCCAGAUGAACUGGAAAAUGUGGCAACAGUAGAAAGGUUGUUGGCUCAGUUGGAUGAAACAGAAAAGGCUUUUGAUCAAUUUUGGACCAAGCAUCACCUAAAACUAGAACAAUGCCUGCAGCUUCGACACUUUGAACAUGAUUUUAGAGAGGUAAAACUGGCCUUGGAUAAUCUCAUGGAAGCACAAGCAGCUUUUGCUGACAUUGGAGACAGUGUGACUCGAGUGGAGCACCUCCUAAGGGAACAGAAACAAUUAGAAGAGAAAGGACAGGAACCUUUGGAGAAGGCCCAGUCUCUAGCUCUCCAUGGAGAACAGCUCAUCCAAAACAACCAUUAUGCAGUUGACUCCAUUAGACCAAAGUGUGUUGAACUCAGGCGUAUUUGUGAUGACUUUACCAAUGAGACCAAGAAAAAGUGUGAUAUUUUGGGAAAGUCUCUUGAGCUUCAUAAGCAGUUAGAUAAGGCAAGCCAAUGGUGUGAAGCUGGGAUCUACCUCUUAGCUUCCCAAGCUGUGGACAAGUGCCAGUCACAAGAGGGAGCUGAAACUGCACUCGUUGAAAUUGAGAAGUUCCUGGUAACGGCUAAGGAACAUCAGCUCUCUAACCCGAAGGAGUUCUACAAUCAGUUUGACAUGAUCCUCACCCCUGAAAUAAAGGCCAAUGCCCAAAGAAUUCUACAAAAACUAGAAGAUGUACAAGAAAUGUUUGACAAGAGGCAAGUAAGUCUAAAGAAGCUGGCAGCCAAACAGACCCGGCCAGUACAACCUGUUGCCCCGCAUCCUGAAUCUUCCCCAAAGCGAGCAUCACCAAAGAUUACCAGACCAGCAGGAGUAGCUACCAACAGGAGGUCCACAGAAAUUUCCUGCCCUCCUAAGACCAUUUCUGAAGUAGAGUUAUCAAAAAAGAAAAACAUUAAGAAGAGUAAAGGUGGAAUUAAGAUUGAAGUGAUGCAUGAAGCUAGUCAAGGAGGAUCUAGCAGAGUCCUGGUGAUGAGUGAAAGUGAUGAGAACUUGUCAACAAGGAGGAGCCACAUAAUCAAUGAGCUGAUAGAAACAGAACGGGUUUAUGUAGAAGAGCUUCAAAGUAUAAUAGAGGGGUAUGCUUCAGAAAUGGACAAUCCCAAUUUAGUACAUCUGAUUCCAUCUGCACUUCAGAAUAAGAAGGAAAUUCUUUUUGGGAACCUCCCAGAAAUCUACGAAUUCCACAACAGGAUUUUCCUUAAGGAAAUAGAAAAUUGCAUUGAAAACCCUGAGCUUCUUGCCCGAUGCUUUUUGAAAAGAAAAGAGGACCUCCAAAUAUAUGAAAAGUAUUGUCAGAACAAGCCAAGGUCCGAAGCUCUCUGGAGACAGUGUGGAGACAGCAUCUUUUUUCAGGAGUGUCAGCGUAAAUUGGAUCAUAAGCUCUCACUAGAUGCUUAUCUCUUAAAGCCAGUCCAGAGAAUCACCAAGUACCAGUUGCUGUUAAAGGAAAUGCUGAAGUGCAGCAAGAAUUCAGAGGGUACUGCUGAAUUGGAAGAAGCCCUGGCCACAGUGCUUGAUAUCAUCAAAUCAGUAAAUGACUCCAUGCACCAGAUAGCAAUCACAGGAUAUGAGGGGGAUGUCAGUGAGCUUGGCAAGCUGUUGAUGCAAGGUUCCUUCAAUGUCUGGACUGACCACAAGAAGGGGCACAACAAGGUGAAGGAUUUGGCUAGAUUCAAACCAAUGCAGAGACACCUCUUCCUCUAUACAAAGAUGCUACUGUUCUGCAAGAAACGGGAGGAGAACACAGAUGGCCAUGAGAAGACAGCUUCAUACAGCUUUAAAAAUUCGUUAAAGAUGAGCACUGUGGGCAUUACAGAAAAUGUAAAAGGGGAUAACAAGAAGUUUGAGAUCUGGUAUAAUGGCAGAGAAGAGGUCUAUAUAAUUCAGGCAUCUUCUGUUGAGCUGAAAAACACCUGGAUUUCUGAGAUUCGCAAAGUCCUGACAGGACAAUUGGAAGCAUGUAGAGAAGCAAGUCAAUUGCACCAAAGAAUUACUGAAAGUGUAUACCAUGCACCAAUGGAUUCUUCCAACGCAAGCAGGUAUAGCAGGAAGUCAUCAAGUAUAUAUGAAAACAAAUCUGAGACAUCAAACGUGGAGGCAUCUAACAAUAAAAACAGGAAUUCCAGUCCCAGCGCCAGACAAAAGAGAGUUGAUGCUUCCACCAGCCUUAACCUUGAGCGCACAGCGCUUGCUAGAAAGCGAUUCACAUUGCAAGGUCUUUCCAACCGCAGAGCUCCACCCAAAGAUCCAGAAUCUAAGGAAAGAGAAGUUACCCGUCGCUUUUCCCUAGCCUCCUCCACCAGCACCACAGUUAAUUCUUCUGCUGUGACCAAAGGUCCCCUUGUGCCUGCAGUUAAAGUCAAGAGACAUGAAAUAAAGAGUGACCCAACUCCCCUGGGGUUUGAAGAUGCUUUUGAGAACACCAUAUUGGCCCAGACUAAAUGUAAUACUGGUUCUACCGCGAGACCUGUACCUAGAUCUGCUUCACAGACAGGUUGGCCCAGCAGGCAAAUGCCAUCUCUAGACACAUUUGAAGAUUUUGAAGCGAUCCCCUCCAGCACAGAUGAACUCUCCAACUCUUCUGACUUGGAGGAAGAGACCAACCCUAACAAUGGGACCAACCUUUUUCGGGUAGAAGGCAGUUUUGACAGCUGUUUCCCAGAUUCUCUUACAUUUGAGGAUGGCGAUUUGGUGCAGUUUGUGCAGGAAGGAGAGAACGGUCAAUGGUUAGUGAAGAAACUGGUCUCUGAGAAAAGCGACUGGGUUCCUUCCAGUAUAUUGCAGCCAGCAGAGGGGGAAAGUAACAACCUAAUUAAGAACAGCAAUGCAGACAUGUACAACGAUUCCUGCAGUACAGCCUCAGUAGAGUCAGACACCAAGGAGAGCGAGGUGGCCAAGAGCUUCCCAGCAGAACAGCGGGCUGGCAGCUGAACAGCAGGACUGGCCUUCCUCAGGAUCCCAUCCAUCUCUGUUUCCUUUGGGUGGACACUGGAUCAAAGUUGCCUUUCUCACAAGCUCUGAGGUUCACAAUUCACUCAAACUUUAUCAGCAUGAACACGUGAGAACAUCAUGGAAGCUGGGAACAUCAAACUUGAAAGGAGCAUUAAACAUCCAGAAAGCAUCAAACCCCACCUUCAGUAUUAGAGGAGAAAAAUGCUUCUCGCAUUGAUUAUCAGACUGUUUCGGAGGAUGUGGCCUAAAUUAGGUCGACAGCAGAGCUGAAGAGUUACUAUGCACGCACCUUUUGGCAACCUUGCUUCAACACCGAGUCACUGCAGAGGGAUACAUGCAUGGUUACGAGUUCUUGCUCUACCAUGGGGUCGCCUGGAGGUUUUUCCAUUUGCUUGCCUCUGGCUGUGCCUUCCCUGUCCUCCUUAAUUCCAGCUGAUGCAUCACAAAUGUGCUCUUUCUGAUGAUGGUCAACACCAAAACCAUCCCAUUUUAGGGUGGCUGUGGGAAGAAAGCUUCUGGCUUGGAUCAUCAGAGAGGCUUUGUGCAGCAAUGACGUGACCACUUUUGCAGCGGCACAGUGAAUGACCUGCUGCAUACAGCAUUACGUUGGAGACGAGGUGGCAACUCCUGGCUAUGAGGUGGAGGUGCAGGGCUUAGCAGGGAAGCAAAGAUGUGUGACAGCUACUGUGACGAAGAACAUUUUGAACUCUUUUUACAAUAUAAGUCAUUCCUCUGUCCCCUCUGCAGUCUGUGGUUGCUGGAUCACAAUCCUUUGCAUUUGGUGCCGAGAAUUCAAUUGAAUGCCAUUUAAUGUCGUAUGUUUGAGUAGACUGCAUGCUUUUUUUGUGUGCUGGGCUAUGGAAUAGAUACAUUUCACCCCCCAUUUGGAAUAUACUUAAGCAUUGCAAAUAGGCAGUGAACAUUAGAUGCUCCAAUGAGUGGAUAAAGUGUUGUUUUUAAAUACUUAUUUCCAGGACAUUUGAUUAAAGGACUGUACCAAAUCUCUGCCACAUAAGGAUGUAAUGUAUAAUGUAAAGUAAUUACAGAUAUUAUUAUUCCUAUACAAGCCAUUAGCUCAUUUAGAGCAGCUGUUAAGGCAUGAAGGCAUUUUGAUGGUAAUUGGGUCUUAGGUCCCACAUAAGCUGCUAAUACUUUAAUAAAUUAGAUAAGUAUUGACAAAGGAUUGCAGACAGGCAAAGAUCAGCGUGGUAAACAUGACCCUAGAAGCUCAAGAGUGAGUGAUUGGCUUUCAUCAUUAGGGAUUUUUUGUUUAACCCUGAGACUAGUGGUGCUCUAUGUAAAUAAUAAAGGGGGCGAAAGCACUAAAAAUGGAGAUGAAGCAAAACCAAAACCUGCUCUUUAGUAAUUGAACCUAUGAGCAAAAUAGUAGUAGAGUCUGUAUCAUUUCUGCUAUCAUCUUUGCAGGGACCUGAAUGUUUUUCUUUGUGUCUCAGUGGAGGCUGGCAUUGCAAAUAUCUUAGUGUGUGAGUUAGGAUAGCUGUGAAGCAGGUAGAUAGUCCCAUUCAAGAAAUGGCCUUGGAGUACGUAAAAGCUUAUUCAGAUUAUGUUUGCCUGUGAAGGCUUCUUGGUUAAUUAUGAGUUGCACUGUGGUGGUUAAUUCCUGUGGUUCUUCUAACUCUCAAUAUCAAAACUCUGUGAUUCUGAUGUUUUCCAUUCAUGACUAAAGGACCUGAGAGUUCUGUACCGUUUUGGAAGCUGACUUUGUCCUACAGCUUCUCUGGCUUGUGCUAGUCAUUUACCUUAAAAAUGACACAGAGGCUUUCAGGAACAUGAAUCCUAUUAGUCUACUGUAGUUAUGAGUAUCUUGAGGGAAGAACUGAUUCCGUUCAGUCCCCUAAGGAAACAUGUAGUGAUGUUUUCUUGUAGUGCAAUUAUUUUAUCCUCUCCCUAAAAUGAGUUCAUUUUGGUUUCUUAUUACUUUCAGUAAUUUUUGCACAAUCUGAUAACAGUGCUUCUGUAUACCCCUGCCCGAAGUAUAGGAGAGGAAAAGGGUAGGGAGCUUUGAUUGCACAUU